AUGGAGAUGCCCAGCUGGCCCCGGGCCAAGGUCCAGGCUGCUGAUCAGCACACUGCACACCAGCACAGAGACUGGGUUAACAGCCCCGGGGCCUGGAUAUGGCUAGCCAGUGAGCUGCCACCACCAUCUGGAGGACAGGCUGCAGAGGAGGAAACCAGCCAAGGGUCUCCAUGCCAUGGUGAGGGUGACCUCACGGUGCCCCAUCAGAGCUGCUGGGUGGCUGGCAGUGGGAGAGUGGGAGACCAAGGGCCACAUCCAGGAGCCUGUGGAGAGCUGAAGCCUUAUCCUCACCAUCCUUCACUCACUUCUCUACUUCCCACAGUGGCACUGGGCCUCUACUUCUCAAGGGAUGCUUGCUGGGAGAAGCUGUAUAUGGACCAGCAGGCCAGCACCCUCUUGCUCUAUGUCCAUGUGCUGCGGGACACUCCUGGGGAGGUGCCCAGCUUCUGCCUCGGCCGGCACCUCUAUGGCACUUACCACAUGUGGCUGCACAAGAACAACUGGAUCCCAUCCAGGAGGACACCGGCCUCCUCUACCUUAACUGGAGCCUGGACCAGAGAACCUGGGAGAAGCUCAGUGUCCCCAGUAAGGGAGCUGCCCCCACUCCCAUCCCCACACCCCACCCCACCCCUUCCUCAAGCCACCCUCAUCACAGCCACUGAAACUGAGGUUAGGGUUGGCUUCCCCACCACCCCUGGUGUGGAGGGCAUCAGGGGUGAGUCUGCAAAUGGAGGCUUCCAGGUGUUCACCGUCUACCUCAAGGUCUUCCUGUCGCCCACGUCCCUUCGUGAGGGUGAGUGCCAGUGGCCAGGCUGUGUCCGAGUGUACUUCUCCUUCUUCAGCACCUCCUUUCCGGCCUGCAGCUCCCUCAAGCCCCGGGAGCUCUGCUUCCCGGAGAAAAGCCUCUACUUCCGCAUUUGUGAGAACCGGCCCCCAGGCACCUUCCACCAGUUCCACCUGCUGCCUGUGCAGUUCUUGCGCUCCAACAUCGGUGUGGCCUACAGGCUCCUGAAGGGUGACUAUUCAGGGGCAAAGCUGGGAGACCAGAAGGCUACAGGAGAAACCUCUGAAUGGGAAGAUGUGGGCUGUAAUGAUGCCCGGAUGCGGGUGGAAGCCAAGGAGGUGGAGAUGGUGCCCUUCCCGGUGACCGUGUACGACGAGGACGACUCGGCGCCCACCUUCCCAGCCGGCGUCGACACCGCCAGCGCCUUGGUGGAGUUCACCCGGAAGGAGGUGCUUGUCCGCACACCCUAUAGUCUAUCCAGUGUCUGUCUCCGGCCGCAGUUCCUUUCUCGUCAGCCCCUGACGAAGAGCGGAGCCCAGGAUUGGAGGGGGACGCGAAGGCGGAUUACCCCUGGUGCCGCCCACCUUGUCCCUCUCUGGCCGGUGCUGGUGGAGCGCUACCACCACCUGCUGGGCUUCAAGCCUUCCUGCAGCCAGCCCAGCCCUCCUGGCCGUUGGAGAGACACUGUGGUGGCCACACUGCAUGUCUUUGAUUCAGACGUGGCGCCUGCAUCCGGGGAGCUGGUGAGACGGUGCACAAGUGCACUGCUCCCCAGGGAUACCUGGGCCCAGCAGGCCUUCCGGGUGAAACACUGGCCCAACGAGGCCUUGGUCCAGGCUAACAGUAGCUUCAUGCGGGUGACUGGGUUCAACUAUAAGCUGGUUCUCAACUGGAACCUCUCCAUCUCGGAGAACCGCACCAUGCGGCUGGUCAUGCUGGUCAAUGACUCAGACUUCCAGGGCCCAGGGGCGGGCAUCCUCCUGCUCCACUUCAACGUGUCAAUUGGGAAAGUCUGUGUGGAAAACUGCCAGGCGUUCAGUGGCAUCAAUGUCCAGUACGAGCUCCAUGCCUCCUGUGCUAACUGCAGCACCCUAGGGGUGGUCACCUCAGCAGCGGACACCUCGGGGAUCCUGUUAGUGAAUGAUACCAAGGUCCUUUGGCGGCCCAAGUGUGCCGAGCUCCAGCUCCACAUGGUGGUGGCCACGGACCAGCAGACCUGCAGGCAGGCCCAGGCACAGCUGCUUGUCAUAGUGGUGGGGUCAUAUGUGACCAUGGAAGUAGGCUGCCCCCUGUCCUGUGCAGUCAGCAGGAGAUGGCUGGAGUGUGAGGAGUGCAGCCGCCUGGGUUCUCUGACAGGCAAGUGUGAGUGGAGGCAGGGAGAUGGCAAAGGGAGCAGCAUUGUUGGGGGGCAUGAGCCUGGAGAGCCCCGAGGGAUUAAAGCUGGCUAUGGCACCUGCAACUGCUUCCCUGAGGAGAAGAAGUGCUUCUGUGAGCCGGAAGACAUUCAGGAUCCGCUGUGUGACGAGCUGUGCCACACAGUGAUCGCAGCCGUCGUCCUCUUCUUUAUCAUCUCGGUGCUGCUGUCUGCCUUCUGCAUCCAUCGCUACCACAAGUUUGCCCACAAGAAGCCCAUCCCCUCAGCUGAGAUGACCUUCCCCCAGCGCCAGGCCUUCCCGGUCAGCUACUCCUCGUCUGGCACCCGCUGGCCCUUGCUGGACUUCAUGGAGAACCAGGUCUCCGUGGACACCUUCAAGAUCCCCGGGUGGAUGUGGCUCCUGUUCACUGACCCCAAAGGCUGGGAGAAGCCUCGAGCAGCGUCAUCCUUGCAGGCCUCUCUGUCUGAACUUGGGCAAGAGAAUGCCUCCCCAAGUGAGCUGCGAGACCUGCUGUCAGAGUUCAACCUCCUGAAGCAGGUCAACCACCCACAUGUCAUCAAACUGUAUGGGGCCUGCAGCCAAGAUGGCCCGCUUCUCCUCAACGUGGAUUACGCCAAGUACUGCUCCCUUCGAGGCUUCCUCUGCGAGAGCAGAAAGGCUACUCCCCCGGCCACACCCUGCCCCUCUGCUGGUCUCACCUGGAUGCCUGUGACCGCUGCCGCACUGAGGGUUCGCAUGUUUUUCCACGCAGCUGACUUGGCAGCCAGAAACAUCCUGGUAGCUGAGGGGCGGAAGAUGAAGAUUUCUGAUUUCGGGCUGUCCUGA